AUGGGAUGCAUUAUUUCGUUGUGUAAAAAGAAACAAAUAUAAGCUCCUGAAUCAGAAGUCGCUUCGAUUCAUCAUGAGUCUUAUGGAGAUAUCAAUGAAUUGUCUGGCUCUACUCCGAAAGGAUAUUCAUACUUCAAUAUUGAUUACAGAAAUGAAAAUUAUUUUUACACAAUGCAGCGCUACGAAGAACUUAAAAGUAAUUUGAGUCAAAUAAUAAAUGAGAAUGUUAACAAUAAACUUACUAGAGAAGAUGCUGAGCCCAUUUUAGACUAGUUAAGGAUAAAAUUUUAGAAUUAUAAAAACCAAAUUUAAGAAGAGCGCCGUAGAUAUACAAAAUAUGUUAAGGAAUUUAAUUAUCCAUAAAAAAUAUCAGAAAUACACAGCGAACAUGACAUCGAAAAAAGCGGUGCUACAUAAGCUGAAGUUAAAACACUGACAAUAACCCCUGCUGAAAGAGCAGAAAGAAUUUAAGCAUUUUAAGGUACAAAUUAAAGCAGUAAAACAAAUGCAUAUCAUAGCAUAAAUGACUAAAAUGGUGCAAAGUAAAGUGCAAUAGAUUAAAAUAGUCACAAAUUUGAUGAUUUAUAAUAACAAAGUACUCCUAUUAAAAACAUUAAGGCCCAAUCAAACGCAACUGAAUUCAAUGAGAAUCUUCAAAACAAUCGCUAAUCGAACAGAAAAAGCAAUUUUGAUGACAGUAAAAACCUAACUAAAGAUAAAAAAGCAGAGGAUUCUUUUGACGACGAAUGCCAAAUAAGCGAAAUGCUUUAGAAAAACCUUCUUUUUACUGACACAAAUUAGAAUCCUUUAAAUGUAGCAAAAAGGAGACAGACUGAAAAGUUAGGCUCUAUAAAGAAUGGUGAGAGUAGCUAGGAAGAAUCAAGUAAUGAAAAUAAUGCUAGCUAAAAGAAAAACUUUGACCUAAUUAAUAAAUCAAACACAAUAAGUUCCUCUGCACCAUUAGAAUAAUAGCUGAAACAUUAAAAUAUAUUAAAAAACUUUUAAUGUGAAAAGAUUAACCUUUUAAAACCUAAGUAGAUAAUCAUAGAUAUUUAGCAAGGAACCUUGAUAACAACUCCUUCAGGCUUAAAUCUUAAUUUCAAAAUAUUAGUUUAAUCUAAGUAGUAUUCAACCGUUUAGAUGCCUGAUAAUGAGUUGAAAUUCUUUUAGGCAUUUUAAAUAAACUUAAAUGAUAAUGAAGAUUUGUUUAAGGUAUAAUUGUUUUAAGGUGACAAAGAAUUUUCUUCUCCAUAAACAUUUUAAAUAAGUGAAUUGACUGAUUAAAAAAUCCAUAUUAAAAAUAUACAUUUCAAGUUGGAUAAAAGUAAUGUUUAUGUAGCAAUCUUGAUUAUGAGAGUUUAAUAUAUACACAAUUUACAUUCAAUUUAAAAAUAUUGGAUUGAUGAAACAGAUGCCAGAAUUAAGUAAAUAGACCAAAUCAAAAAUUUUAUUUCUAGCAGGAAGAUUAAAAACACUAAUAACAAUGCUCACAAUACUUCUUAAAAUACUUUGAAUAACAUACAAACCCUAUUAACUAAUGAGUUUAAUUCGCAUUCAGAGGAUGGCUCAAGCUAUUUCGACAACCAAUUUUAUGCUAAGUGA